AUGGCCUUAUACACUAUACACGCCGAAAUGCUGGAAGAUGUUACCCCUGGUAAGCCUUGCCAUUGUACAGUAAAAGUGGUAUUUGGUCUCCCUUAUCAUCACAGUCUUCUGAGAGAUCGUGUGUUGACUUUGGCCAAUAUUCUGGAAAAGUGGCUUCUCUCUUCAGUUACGUCUUGCCAAAAUGCAACUGAAGACAUUGAUGCUGCUGAUAGUAUUACUAUCAAGGAGUCUGCUCCAUGGAUGAAGUCUGUUUCUCAGCUUGAGAAACUUUUUUGGCACUGUGAAGGUGAACAGCAAGUUUGUGGCCUGAUGGCAAAGGUCAACAACUUCAUUGAAAAUGCCAAACAAUAUCUUGACCACCCUGAGAUGGUUUUCUCUGUGGCUAGUGAAGUCAAAGCUGCUGGAAGACCAAAACACAUCAAAAAAAAAGACGAGAUACAAGAGAUGAUAAAACAAGAGCUUAGAGAUGUGGUAAAGGAGUGUUUAGAGGAGGAGCCUCUCAAAAAAUCAAUUAAAAAAAUCAAAAAAGAAAAAGAAUUCGCUAAAGAGCAAGAGCCUCUCGAAGAAGGUAGCACUCACUGUAAGAAAUGGCAGCUUAGAAAGAAAUUCUAUUGGACACUAUUUUUUAUUGGAUAA